CACACACCGACACGGCGUUCCGGUCUGAAUAACCAUAUAAGACCCUGAAGGCUCACAUUUCACAUUUUUAAGGCAUUUCAUGGAGAUAUAUUGUGCUUUGUGCGAUUAUAUCUGGAGGAGGUGUUUGAUCAGCAGAGGGGCAAUUCCGUGACAGACCAGCAUCGGCGGUCUGCUCAGUUUGGCUUAAUAGCCUACAGCGCCAGGUCGGUCUUGCAUUAGCUCAUUGUCUUGCCUGUCAUAUCGCGAUCAUAUCACACGACAAGACACGACGACUGGCACCUGUGCACAGGAAGGUCCUCCACUCGGGGGAAGUCCUGUGGAUGCUGCCCUGUGGUGAUGUGAUGCGCGCUCGGCGUAUGACGUGAAGUUGCGUCAGAAGGUGGCGGUGAAGAAGCUGUCCAGACCCUUCCAGUCGCUCAUCCACAGCCGCCGGUCCUACAGAGAGCUGCGCCUGCUCAAACACAUGAAGCAUGAGAAUGUGAUCGGACUACUGGAUGUUUUCACUCCAGCUUCCUCUCUAGAAGACUUCAAUGAAGUGUACCUGGUGACUAACCUGAUGGGUGCCGACCUGAACAACAUUGUCAAGUUUCAGCGUCUGUCUGAUGAGCAUGUGCAGUUCCUUAUCUACCAGUUGCUCCGCGGCCUCAAGUACAUCCAUUCAGCAGGACUGAUUCACAGGGACCUGAAGCCCAGCAACGUGGCUGUGAAUGAGGACUGUGAGCUCAGGAUCCUGGACUUUGGAUUGGCCAGACAGACAGAUGAUGAGAUGACCGGCUACGUGGCCACACGCUGGUACCGGGCACCAGAAAUCAUGCUCAACUGGAUGCACUACAACCAGACGGUUGAUAUCUGGUCAGUGGGGUGCAUCAUGGGAGAGCUGCUGAAGGGGAAGGUCCUGUUUCCUGGCAACGACUACAUCGACCAGCUGAAGAGGAUUAUGGAGGUGGUUGGCACGCCGAGCCCAGAGCUUCUCAAGAAGAUGUCCUCCGAACAUGCGCAGAAGUACAUCCAGUCUCUGCCCUUCAUGCCCCAGCAGGACCUGGAGAAGAUCUUCAGAGGGGCCAACCCACUAGCGGUGGACCUGCUGAAGCGUAUGCUGGUGCUGGACUGUGAUGGGCGGAUCACAGCGUGCGAGGCGUUGUCCCACCCCUACUUCUCCCAGUACCACGACCCGGAUGACGAGCCCGAGGCCUCCCCGUACGACCAGACGCUCGAGAGCAAGGACCGCACGCUGGAGGAGUGGAAAGAGCUGGUGUUUGAGGAGGUGAGUGGCUUCAAAGCUCCUGUCAGCAAACCAGACAGCCUGCAGGCUGAGCAAUAGGAGCCUGCCUAUAACACCCCAUCCACCAAUCAGAGAAGGCAGAGAGAGGGAGAACCUGCCUAUAACACCCCAUCCACCAAUCAGAGAAGGCAGAGAGAGGGAGAACCUGCCUACAACACCCCAUCCACCAAUCAGAGAAGGCAGAGAGAGGGAGAACCUGCCUACAACACCCCAUCCACCAAUCAGAGAAGGCAGAGAGAAGGAUGAAUCUGCCUAAAAUGCCCCACCAACCAAUCACAUAAGGUAGACAGAGCAAGGAGCAGGCCUACAAUUCCCCAUCCACCAAUCAAGAGCAGGCCAAGGCAGAAGAGCCCGCCUGCAAAAUCCCACUCACCAAUCAGAGCAGAGAUGCACAGAGGAGGACAGGCCUAAGAAUGACUACUACCCAAUCAGAACCUCUCAGGCCAUCCCUCUGGCCUGAUGCGCUGUGUAUAUGACUGGUGUACAAAUAUCUGUGUGUGUGUGUGUGUGUGUGUGUGUGUAUGAGUGUGUGUUGUUCAGUACCACUGCCUAUUUUACCUACAGUAUUGGAAUGCUUGCAAGGUGUGUGUAUUGUUGGGGAUGUCCAGGUUGUACCUUAUCAGGGAGAAUGUUCUUAUGCAUGUGUGUGUGUGUGUGUAUUUAGUUCUGUGUCUGAAGCACAUCUGUUUGGAUGCUGGUGUUCUCUGAUGCACUUUGUGUAUGUGUGUGUGUGUGUGUGUGUGUGUGUUUACCUUUUAUACUCACGAAAGGGAAGAAGCUGUCUCCGAAGAAGUCUGUCAUUGGCUGUCUCCGUUAGUAGGAAGUUACAGGGUCAUAAGUAGCAAAUGCUGUGUGCUCUUCCAAACAAGCAGCUCUAGUUCACCCAGGAGCAGGGCAGUUCUACCAGUUCUACCUACUCUCCAGGGUAGAUGACCCAGGGUGUGUGCUCCCAGGGUGUGUGUUCUCCAGGGUAGAUGACCCAGAGUGUGUGUUCCCCAGGGUAGAUGACCCAGGGUGUGUGUUCCCAAGGUGUGUGUUCUCCAGGGUAGAUGACCCAGGGUGUGUGUUCCCAGGGUGUGUUCCCCAGGGUGUGUGUUCUCCAGGGUGUGUGUUCCCAGGGUGCGUGUUCUCCAGGGUUAAUGUCACCCAGAGUGUGUACUCCUAAGGGUGUGUGUACUCCCUCUCCAGGGUGUGUGUUGCCCAGGCUGUGUGGAUAUGUACUCCCCAGAGUGUGUGUACUCUCCAGUGUGUGUAUGGUCCCCAGAGUGUGUGUACUCCCCAGAGUGUGUAUGGUCCCCAGAGUGUGUUUCUGGGAAUGUUGGCGCCUGUGAGAAUGGAAUGGUUUGGGAACUUCCUGGUCUGAUCCUGUGGUGGACUAUUCCAAAUAUACCACCUGGACCAGGUGUUCCAACACGGAACGCGGAACACAGAAUACAUAGAAUAAAUAGAACAUAGUGUUAUCCUAGACAGGAGAAAUCCAUUGGGAACCUGAAGAACCUUGAUCAGUGCUACAGAACACUGACCUGUGUUGUAUGUAAAACACCUUCCUGGUUGAUACGUCCUCCUCCAGGUGGACGAGGAAUGUCCAGUCUGUGUGUGUGUGUGUGUGUGUGUGCUCUGUGUGGGUCAGAUCAGAUUAGCCUUCACCAUCUGCACGCUAUGCACUGUCUCUGCUGUAACCCCUGCACUCCCACGUCCCCAUAUCUACCAAAUGCUGCAACACACUCUGGGCACAGCACUAACACAGGCCUCGUGUUAUCUUGUGCAUGUGUGUGUGUGUGUGUGUGUGUCAUAGCACCUGUACGCCACCACCUAACUUACUCUGUUUGAGAUGCAUGAUGGACAGGGGAUAACCUGACUGGAGUCUCUCUCUCUCUCUCUCUCACACACACGCACACGCACACACACACACGCAGACACACACACACACUACAGUUCACACCUCAUUUAGGAAUAUUUCAAUCAGUGCAGAGCUCACAUGCACAUACACACAGCAUGUGUAGUUUCAGACAGACUUUCCAUAUGCUGUGUGUGUGUGUGUCUCUUUCUCACACUCACACCAUAUGAUCUUGGCUAUGGGCCAGCCUCUCUCUCACACACACACGCGCGCACACACACACGUAGAUAGAAAAAGCAGGGAGAUGUGUUGUGUGGUAUACCAGUGGUGGCUCGGUGCUGUGGCUGUAAGGGGUUAGAAUUGUGUUAGAGACACAGUGGUUGUUUUUAUUGAGUUGAGUAUUCAUGUUUAUUGGAAUGUGCCCUACAGUAGAGCUGUAGUGUAGCGUAGCACCAGUGUGUAGCGUAGCACCAAUGGUUGUAGUGUAGCGUAGCAUAGUGUAGCGUAGCACCAAUGGUUGCAGUGAGCGUAGCAUAGUGUAGCGUAGCAUAGUGUAGCGUAGCACCAAUGGUUGUAGUGUAGCGUAGCAUAGUGUAGCGUAGCACCAAUGGUUGUAGUGUAGCGUAGCAUAGUGUAGCGUAGCACCAAUGGUUGCAGUGUAGCGUAGCAUAGUGUAGCGUAGCAUAGCACCAGUGGCUGUAGUGUAGUGCAGCGGUCCCCAACCACCGGGCCGCGGACCAGUACCGGGCCGCGGGACAUUCCUAACUGGGCCGUAGCCUACGACA